UCGAAUCUGGCAAACAACUGAUACUUCCGAAGCACAACUCUGCGGCUGUUUGGAAAGUUGGCUCUCUGUCUAGUCUGGGUUUAAGGAUGGCGUCGAGUUUCUCCGAGGAGGAUUUCUCCUGCCCUGUGUGCUUUGGUGUCUUCAAGAACCCUGUCAUGCUAACAUGCAGUCACAGCUUCUGUGAAUCCUGUGUGAGGCGGUGCUGGGAGGCCAGUGGAUCCAGAGAGUGUCCAGCCUGCCGAAACCCAUCUCAUGACCUCCCUCGACCUAACCUGGUUUUGAAAAAGUUAUGCGAGAAAUUUUUACAGCAGAUGAAGGCUUUAGCUGAGAUGUGUCAAUUACACAAUAAGAAACUGGAGUUCUUCUGUUGGGAUGAUGAACAACCAAUUUGUGUUAUGUGUCGAGAUGCGGAGACACACUCAAACCACAGACUUUGUCCCAUAGAGAAGUUAUCCUGUAAGCGAAAGUCUCAGGCCAAAGAUGUUGAGGAGGGCAUCGAGGGGGUGUUGAACGACUUCUUAGGCUUUCUGGAGCGGACUAAGAGGGACAAGAUGCGUGCACUCAAGGUGGAAAAGAGAUCGAAAAUUCUGAUGGUUGAAGAGACGAAGAAGAGGGCAGACAGGGAGAUCUCAUCCCUCACUUCCACUUUAGAGUCCACAGAGGAGGCGAUGGGGGCUGACAUAACCACAUUUCUUCGGGACUACGAGGAGACAGAGGGAAGAAUUCAGUGCACACUGCAGGAUCCAGAGAGUGUUUCAGGAGCUCUGAUUGACGUUCCAAAGCACCUGGGCAACCUAAGGUUGAGUGUUUGGGAGGAGAUGCAGAAUUUGGUUACGUAUUUUCCAAUCCUACUGAAUCCAAACACUGCCAGCAAACAUGGCAUCGUGUGUCCAGAUCUGAUAGAACUGGGUGCUCCUGAUCCUGCCACUGCUGCUGCCGCUGUUGCCAACGGCAACAACCCCGACAACUUCCCAGACCACCCCGGGAGGUUUGAUUUCAGGAACACCGUCCUGGGCUCCGAGGGGUUCGACUCGGGGACUCACUGCUUGGAGGUGGAGGUUGGGGACAGUACGGAGUGGUGCGUGGGCGUGAUGGCCGAGUCUGCCCAGAGGAAGGGAGACUUCACCUCCAGGAGCGGCGUCUGUUAUCUGGCUCGCUGGGGGGAGAGGCACGAGGCCUGCUGUCCUCCGAACAGGCCGGUAGCCGUCGCAGUGGACCGGCUGUGGAGGGUCAGAGUGCAGCUGGACUGGGGGAGAGGAGAGCUGUCGUUCUCUAGCCCCUGGGACCCCGACGUACACCUACACACGUUCACACACACUUUCACUGAGAGAGUGUUUCCGGUGUGCUCAGGUGAUAAACGUCUCUCAAUAGCGCCAGGAGAUGUUUCUGUAAAACUACAGACUAUCUUGUCCGGAUAAGUAGAGGAAGUACACACACAGACACACACAUUAGACAUUUCAUACACUGACAAAAGACACACACAGAUAUUAAAGACACACACACAGAAGUGAAGGUCACUUUUGCAUUUAAGGUCUUCAAUAGAUAGUGUUGUUGCUUUACGAAGAGGGUCAACCCACCUGACAAUGUUUUUGUUUGUUUAUGAAACAAUCUGCAGUCUUUUCUUUGUUCACUAGUUUGGGUGACUGUGCUUUUCUCUCAGUAUGGACUUGGGUGUGUGCUGGUUUCUCAGCGUGGACUUGAGGGAUUGUGUGCUGCUUUUGUUUGUUUAUGAAACAAUCUGCAGUUAAACCCUCAUAACUUUCUUUGUUCACUAGUUUGUGUGUUCAGUAUUUCAAACCAUUCAGUCUUCAGCCCUGACACUGACAAAUAUCUUUGAUUUCUUCUAUCUUUAUUUCUCUUAAUAAAAAAAUUGUUCACUGUUACAAUCUA